CCAGGGAAACGCUGUGCCCAGAUCCUGCGCAGGGGUCUGGAUGGGGCGGCGGCCCGAGUACUUCCCCCCUAUUCCCCCCACAGACACUGGCUGAGGAUGGCCCGGGGGCUUGGGGGCGGGGGGUGGCAAGGAGGGGAGGGAGGCCGCGGCGGACCCGCAGUGCAGCAGCUGUUGCUCGCGUGUGACUCGCCCGUCCGGGCCGUGCUGCCCGGGCACAGUCACACGGCGCAGUGGGGAGGAAGAGGACACCGAGUCCCCCUCCCAGCUCCCCGGUGACCGAGUGGGGAGAUCCCGGCUCCUGUCUUCCCCUCGCCUCCAGCGCGCUCGCCCAGGCUGGGAGGAGGAAACCAGAGCCGCGCGCAGACACCUCCUCCUCCUCCUCCUCCUCUUCUUCUUCUUCCUCCUCCUCCUCCUCCUCCUCCUCCUCCUCUUCGGCUGCUGCUCCUGGUGCCGCCACCGUCCGCCGGUGCCUGUUGCUGCCGCCGCCGCGGGACCCGCUGUGUCCUCAGCUGGGUGGAGAAGAGGCGGGCGCCGAGCCGAGGGGAGCCCCCUCCCCGUCCCCCCGCGGCGGGAAGAGCGCAGCCAGUCGGGUACGAUGGACUCCCCGCCCGCCCAGGCCGUCCCCAGGAUGCCCCCAAGCACCUGCGCGUCCCGGCCCGGCCCCGGGCUCUGAGCGAGCCGCGGCACAGGUUUCUGCAUAUGAAGUGUGUAAAAUAGAUUGCUUGAUCCAAAACAGAAAAACAGUGGUAACUGUUUUGCGGAGUUCCGAGACCCUUCCCAAGAUGGAACCAAUAACAUUCACAGCAAGGAAACAUCUGCUUCCUAACGAGGUCUCGGUGGAUUUUGGCCUGCAGCUGGUGGGCUCCCUGCCUGUGCAUUCCCUGACCACCAUGCCCAUGCUGCCCUGGGUUGUGGCUGAGGUGCGAAGACUCAGCAGGCAGUCCACCAGAAAGGAACCUGUAACCAAGCAAGUCCGGCUUUGCGUUUCACCCUCUGGACUGAGAUGUGAACCUGAGCCAGGGAGAAGUCAACAGUGGGAUCCCCUGAUCUAUUCCAGCAUCUUUGAGUGCAAGCCUCAGCGUGUUCACAAACUGAUUCACAACAGUCAUGACCCAAGUUACUUUGCUUGUCUGAUUAAGGAAGACGCCAUCCACCGGCAGAGUAUCUGCUAUGUGUUCAAAGCCGACGAUCAAACAAAAGUGCCUGAGAUCAUCAGCUCCAUCCGUCAGGCGGGGAAGAUCGCCCGGCAGGAGGAGCUGCACUGCCCGUCCGAGUUCGACGACACGUUUUCCAAGAAGUUCGAGGUGCUCUUCUGCGGCCGCGUGACGGUGGCGCACAAGAAGGCUCCGCCGGCCCUGAUCGACGAGUGCAUCGAGAAGUUCAAUCACGUCAGCGGCAGCCGGGGUUCCGAGAGCCCCCGCCCCAACCCGCCCCAUGCCGCGCCCACAGGGAGCCAGGAGCCUGGGCGCAGGCCCAUGCGCAAGUCCUUCUCCCAGCCCGGCCUGCGCUCGCUGGCCUUUAGGAAGGAGCUGCAGGAUGGGGGCCUCCGAAGCAGCGGCUUCUUCAGCUCCUUCGAGGAGAGCGACAUUGAGAACCACCUCAUUAGCGGACACAAUAUUGUGCAGCCCACAGAUAUCGAGGAAAAUCGAACUAUGCUCUUCACGAUUGGCCAGUCUGAAGUUUACCUCAUCAGUCCUGACACCAAAAAAAUAGCACUGGAGAAAAAUUUUAAGGAGAUAUCCUUUUGCUCUCAGGGCAUCAGACACGUGGACCACUUUGGGUUUAUCUGUCGGGAGUCUUCCGGAGGUGGCGGCUUUCAUUUUGUCUGUUACGUGUUUCAGUGCACAAAUGAGGCUCUGGUUGACGAAAUUAUGAUGACCCUGAAACAGGCCUUCACGGUGGCCGCAGUGCAGCAGACGGCUAAGGCGCCAGCCCAGCUGUGCGAGGGCUGCCCCCUGCAAGGCCUGCACAAGCUCUGUGAGAGGAUAGAGGGAAUGAAUUCUUCCAAAACAAAACUAGAACUGCAAAAGCACCUGACGACAUUAACCAAUCAGGAGCAGGCGACUAUUUUUGAAGAGGUUCAGAAAUUGAGACCAAGAAAUGAGCAGCGAGAGAAUGAAUUGAUUAUUUCUUUUCUGAGAUGUUUAUAUGAAGAGAAACAGAAAGAACACAUCCAUAUUGGGGAGAUGAAGCAGACAUCGCAGAUGGCAGCAGAGAAUAUUGGAAGUGAAUUACCACCCAGUGCCACUCGAUUUAGGCUAGAUAUGCUGAAAAACAAAGCAAAGAGAUCUUUAACAGAGUCUUUAGAAAGUAUUUUGUCCCGGGGUAAUAAAGCCAGAGGCCUGCAGGAACACUCCACCAGUGUGGAUCUGGAUAGCUCCCUGUCUAGUACAUUAAGUAACACCAGCAAAGAGCCAUCUGUGUGUGAAAAGGAGGCCUUGCCCAUCUCUGAGAGCUCCUUUAAGCUCCUCGGCUCCUCGGAGGACCUGUCCAGUGACUCGGAGAGUCAUCUCCCAGAAGAGCCAGCUCCGCUGUCGCCCCAGCAGGCCUUCAGGAGGCGAGCAAACACCCUGAGUCACUUCCCCAUGGAAUGCCAGGAACUUCCACAACCUGCCCGGGGGUCACCGGGGGUUUCGCAAAGGAAACUUAUGAGGUAUCACUCAGUGAGCACAGAGACGCCUCAUGAACGAAAUGUGGAUCCUUCACCUGUGGGUGAGUCUAAGCACCGCCCAGGUCAGUCUUCAGCUCCUGCUCCUCCACCUCGUCUUAACCCCUCCGCCUCCUCGCCAAACUUUUUUAAGUACCUAAAACAUAAUUCCAGUGGAGAACAAAGUGGGAAUGCUGUGCCAAAGAGCAUCUCCUACCGUAAUGCCCUGCGGAAAAAACUUCAUUCUUCUUCCUCUGUGCCAAAUUUUCUAAAAUUUCUGGCUCCUGUAGAUGAAAAUAACACCUCUGACUUUAUGAACACAAAAAGGGACUUUGAAUCCAAAGCAAACCAUCUUGGUGAUUCUGGUGGGACUCCUGUGAAGACCCGGAGGCAUUCCUGGAGGCAGCAGAUAUUCCUCCGAGUAGCCACCCCGCAGAAGGCGUGCGAUUCUUCCAGCAGAUAUGAAGAUUAUUCAGAGCUGGGAGAGCUUCCCCCACGAUCUCCUUUAGAACCAGUUUGUGAAGAUGGGCCCUUUGGCCCCCCACCAGAGGAAAAGAAAAGGACAUCUCGUGAGCUCCGAGAGCUGUGGCAAAAGGCUAUUCUUCAACAGAUACUGCUGCUUAGAAUGGAGAAGGAAAAUCAGAAGCUCCAAGCCUCUGAAAAUGAUUUGCUGAACAAGCGCCUGAAGCUCGAUUAUGAAGAAAUUACUCCCUGUCUUAAAGAAGUAACUACAGUGUGGGAAAAGAUGCUUAGCACUCCAGGAAGAUCAAAAAUUAAGUUUGACAUGGAAAAAAUGCACUUGGCUGUUGGGCAAGGUGUGCCACGUCAUCACCGAGGUGAAAUCUGGAAAUUUCUAGCUGAGCAAUUCCACCUUAAACACCAGUUUCCCAGCAAACAGCAGCCAAAGGAUGUGCCAUACAAAGAACUCUUAAAGCAGCUGACUUCCCAGCAGCAUGCGAUUCUUAUUGACCUUGGGCGAACCUUUCCUACACACCCAUACUUCUCUGCCCAGCUUGGAGCAGGACAGCUAUCGCUUUACAACAUUUUGAAGGCCUACUCACUUCUAGACCAGGAAGUGGGAUAUUGCCAAGGUCUCAGCUUUGUAGCAGGCAUUUUGCUUCUUCAUAUGAGUGAGGAAGAGGCGUUUAAAAUGCUCAAGUUUCUGAUGUUUGACAUGGGGCUGCGGAAACAGUAUCGGCCAGACAUGAUUAUUUUACAGAUCCAGAUGUACCAGCUCUCGAGGUUGCUUCAUGAUUACCACAGAGACCUCUACAAUCAUCUGGAGGAGCACGAGAUCGGCCCCAGCCUCUACGCUGCCCCCUGGUUCCUCACCAUGUUUGCCUCACAGUUCCCGCUGGGAUUCGUAGCCAGAGUCUUUGAUAUGAUUUUUCUUCAGGGAACAGAGGUCAUAUUUAAAGUGGCUUUAAGUCUGUUGGGAAGCCAUAAGCCCUUGAUUCUGCAGCAUGAAAACCUAGAAACCAUAGUUGACUUUAUAAAAAGCACGCUACCCAACCUUGGCUUGGUACAGAUGGAAAAGACCAUCAAUCAGGUAUUUGAAAUGGACAUCGCUAAACAGUUACAAGCUUAUGAAGUUGAGUACCACGUCCUUCAAGAAGAACUUAUCGAUUCCUCUCCUCUCAGUGACAACCAAAGAAUGGAUAAAUUAGAGAAAACCAACAGCAGCUUACGCAAACAGAACCUUGACCUCCUUGAACAGUUGCAGGUGGCAAAUGGUAGGAUCCAAAGCCUUGAGGCCACCAUUGAGAAGCUCCUGAGCAGUGAGAGCAAGCUGAAGCAGGCCAUGCUUACCUUAGAACUGGAGCGGUCGGCCCUGCUGCAGACGGUGGAGGAGCUGCGGUGGCGGAGCACAGAGCCCAGCGACCAGGAGCCUGAGUGCAUGCAGCCCGAGCCCACAGGCGACUGACAGCUCUGCAGGAGAGAUUGCAACACCAUCCCACACUGUCCAGGCCUUAACUGAGAGGGACAGAAGACUCUGGAAGGAGAGAAGGAAGCGGGAAGUGUGCUUCUCAGGGAGGAAACUGGCUUGCCAGCAAGUAUAUUCUUACGAACUCCAACUUGCAAUUCAGGGGGCAUGUCCCAGUGUUUUUUGUUGUUGUUUUUAGAUACUAAAUCGUCCCUUCUCCAGUCCUGAUUACUGUACACAGUAGCUUUAGAUGGCGUGGACGUGAAUAAAUGCAACUUAUGUUUU